ACUGGCUUUGUAGUCAAGGAUCCCAAGCAGUAUNNAUGGCAAUCAUUCCACAAGGAAGAAUUCAAGCUCAAGACUUUUGAAGAGGACGAUGUCGACAUCGCUAUCGACGCAUGUGGUGUCUGCGGAUCUGACGUCCACUCCAUCACUGGCGGCUGGGGUGAAACUCCUCUUCCUCUGUGUGUCGGACACGAAAUCAUCGGUGAGUUGGGCAGAACCUCCGUCACGCCAGCGACUCCGAGCAAAUCGCGACCACUUCCCAGCACAAACAGAGCGGCAUCUUGCGGCAGUGGUUGCACGGAACAACACCUUGCAGAAUCAUCGCUGACUCUUUCUACACANGGCCGUGCUGUCAAGGUCGGCAACAAGGUGAAGGACAUCAAGGUCGGCGACCGUGUUGGUGUUGGUGCACAGGUUGGAGCCGAUUUGUCCUGCGACAACUGCAAGGCAGACCAAGAGAACUACUGCCCCAAUCACUUCCAGNNGAUCGACACAUACGGUGCCAAGUACGAGGACGGCACUGUCUCUCAAGGCGGCUUCUCUUCCCACAUCAGAGUCCAGGAAUAUUUCGUGUUCAAGAUUCCCGAGAACCUCGACACCGCCAUUGCAGCUCCCAUGCUGUGCGCUGGCUUGACAACCUACUCUCCACUCGUUCGUCUCGGUUGUGGACCUGGCAAGAAGGUCGGUAUCGUCGGCAUCGGCGGACUUGGUCACUUCGCAUUGAUGUGGGCACACGCUCUUGGUGCAGAGGUCUUUGCCAUCUCACACACCAAGGACAAGGAAGAGGACGCAAAGGAACUCGGUGCCGAUCACUUCAUCUACUCCGGAGACAAGGAUUGGGCCAAGCCAUACGCCUUCAAGUUCGACUUCAUUCUGAACUGUGAGUUGUCCAGAUCU